AUAUACAGAGAGAAGAGAAAAGUGUACAGAAAGCAAUCAGAGAGGCUGCCAAGAGAAAUGACAUGGGUUCUGCGAAGGCACUUGCUAAGGAAAUUGUGAGAUCUAGAAAAACAGUAAACCGGCUUUAUGAAAAUAAGGCACAAAUGAAUUCAAUAUCAAUGCACCUUGGUGAAAGUGUCGCAAUUGCCCGUACAGUGGGUCAUUUAUCUAAGAGUGCUGAGGUCAUGAAGCUUGUCAAUAAUCUCAUGAAGGCUCCUGAAGUGGCUGCUACAAUGAUGGAGUUUAGCAAAGAAAUGACCAAGGCAGGGGUAAUUGAGGAAUUUGUGAAUGAUGCUCUUGACAAUGCACUGGACUCUGAAGAUAUUGAAGAAGAAAUUGAGGAAGAAGUUGACAAGGUUUUGACAGCUAUAGCUGGUGAGACAGCUGCACAACUACCAGAAGCAGUCAGGAAGGAGAGAGUGAAGCAAUCAGCUGGGCCAACAAGAACAGCGGAGGAGGAAGAAGCCAUUGCUGAGGGUGUAGAUGAUGAGGAAGAACUAGAAGAAAUAAGGGCCCGACUUGCCAAAGUUAGGUCAUAAAUUUGAGCCUAAUAGCCCCUUCCUUCUCUGCUGAUGACUUGGACUUGGAGAAGGACUUUCAGCUCAUUAACUUGCAUUAUUCAUUGAUUACAAUGAAAUUGCUGCUGGGUGAAACUGCAUUUACAAUUGACAGUGAGUAUAUAAGACGAAUCAAAAUGCGUGUAUUAUAUAAUGAAAGCAGCUUUAUCUUUUAUGAAACUUGAGUCAUUAGCUGCUAUUUGUAUUAUACCUAACUUAAGAGGCAUUUUUAUUGGUGCCGGUCAUUCCCCUUACGUGUAUAAAAAGAUGAGAUGCUGCAAUAUAAAAAUAACUCGUAACUUGGCAAUGCAAAUCUUUUAUUUUGGCUGCA